UCGGGCGGUUGUCGGUAGCUCUGUGGGUGGGUGUACGGUCACGUAGGUUACGCACACAAUCACUCCCCAGGGUUUGCCCGGAGCCUGUCCAGGCAGCUACGCGCUCCCACACCCCGGUACCAUGAUGGCAGGGGUCGCGAUGGAGCUGAACAGGGGCUGAGAAGAGCCUGACCCAGUCGGAGCCAAGCACCAAACCCUUCCCCGCCCGCCGAUUUCCAUCCGUCAGGGUCAGGCUACUCGCUGGAAGCCCUGAACUCCGUGCUCCUAAGCCCCGGGCCCCCUGCGGGAAUGUUCAAAAAUGAGUACCAGGGAGGUGCAUUUGUUGAAAUCUUUAGUGCUCAGGGAAAAAAUCCUGGAGCAAAAUGGAAGAUUCUUGGCAGUCCAUCUGUGAUUUGGAAAGAGUUUGAUAAAGAAGUUAAAAGUUUUGUGUUUGUCCUGGAAGGCAGCAGCCAAACAAACAAAAUUCAGUUACCAAAGGAGAAUAAGCAAAUCCUUGGACUGAUCCAGAGGUUUCUUGUACUUCAAAUUUACAUACCCCUGGGACAAGACUUCUCCACCGAAUUGCUAAUAACUGAUUUAGGGAAUAUCAAAAGAAGAUUGUACUUAUCAACGGUCCAUAAAGAACUGUCCUCAACCCCUCUUCAUGCAAAAAUCCCACUCUUCAUGAUCAAGCGCAAAAUUUGGUGCAAUCUGUGCAUUGACUUGGUGGCAUUUACCAGUGAAAUAUUCAAGGGAGCAGUUUUCCAGUCAUUGGAUGGAAUUAUUGUCUCAGCUAACUGUAAGCUAAGGAAGAUCUUCACUUUAAAAUCGAAGCCUCAAGACACUGCUGAUAAAGAUGCUGGAUAUGGUAUUCCCUUUCCAGCAGAUGAACCUACAGAUAUUAUUCCACGAAGCUGCCAACUAACAACAGAUGUUCCACAAGUCACACAGCUGCUAAACAUGACUAAAUUCCGCCAAACUGAAAUAAAAUUUGGAGGUCAUCCUCUAAAUUCAACAGAAUCAGAUCAGCUCGUUAACAGAGGAACAGGUAAUGUGCGGAACAAUAAAAAUCCGGAUGUUUGUCAUAUCGCCUUUGGAUCCAAAGUUCUGGGACCACCUCCACUCUCUGGCAGAAGAAAUAACAGGAUAGCCAGUGAGACAAUGAGAUUCAUUGGGUCCAAAAAUAACCAAUCAUGCCCGCCAUCCACAGUAGAGAAGGGUGUUAACAGUGCAGAAAUGUCAACCUUGCUGACAUCUGAGUCUGAGGAACAAGGAGAUAAAGAAAAUACUCGCCAAAUAAAGCAGACUGUACCUAUUCCUGCCAAUCUGCAUAUUAUGCAGCCACAUCCCCCUCAAGAAACAUCAGCAGAUAAGAAGAAUAACAGGAGAAGAUUACGGUUAAAAAGCACCAGCAAAGAAAGGACAGAGACACCCAGCGGCAGUUCUUCAGGAAAUAACAGGAAUGAAGAUAAAGUAACAAAUGCUCUCACCACUGGGUCCCAGCAAAGAGCAGGGACAUUGAACCCCAGCAGUCCAGCACCCCAGUCUUCUGAUCAAGCAGAUGAAUGGAUAUUUCCCGAAAAUCACGAUCACAUUCCCCAUUUGGCGUCCAGCAGACAGUCUUUACUUCUGAAUGACUCCUGCCACACUUCACAGCUGUGGCUAGAAGCCAGCAAUGAACAUGACCAACAGGCAGAGGAAACCCAGCUUGUCCCAAAGGACAUUUUCACUUUUUCAUCAAGACCACGAUCAGCGCCUCAUGGGAAGAUUCAGAAUAUGUCCCCAGAGGGGUGCCCGUUUGUUUUGGAUCUAAAAGAGGACACCAGUGUGACCCAGUUGGAGGAUGAUUGUUACGACGGUGACAGCAGCGAAGAGGGUAACCACAGUGUCCAGGGUUCUCCCAGUCAAACAACUAGUCCUUCUGAGCUAACUCAGUUAACAUUAGAGAGCACGCUGGGAAAGGCUGCAAGGCGGACAAGCGAAGAAUAUCUAGAAAGUGCCUACACAGAAGCAGAUGCAUCAGAAAGCCAGAAUUCCUUGGAGAAGCAGAUAGAUAAAAACAACUUUCAAACAAGUUUGGUGCCGACACCAUGCCUUUCUCCCCCUGGAAGGAGGAGUGAGUCCUCUCAGCAAACUCCAGAUCCCAUUAUCAAAGCAAAGGACCCAUCAGCCCAUCAAGUGCCAGCUUCAGUAGUCAAAAGCUCCCUAAAGGAAAUCUCAGGGGAAACGUUGAAACCAAUGCCGGCAGUGUCUACUGUGAGCUCCACGAGGACAGAGGAAUAUGACUGGAGAAACUACCAACCCAGCCAAAUGAGUGAAUCUGAGCUGCAAAUGCUGGCAAGUCUACGGCGGCAACAGAAUGAGGAACUAGAGGACACUGGGGCUUCCCAUGGCCUAAGUGCAUCCCAGGUUGACAACUGUAAUGUCAGCAUAAGUACCAGCAGCGAUGACACAACCACCUGGAACUCCUGCCUGCCACCUCCUGUCAACCAGGGUCGUCACUAUCAGAAAGAAAUGAAUCCACCUUCUCCUUCUAACCCCCGGGACUGGUUAAAUAUGCUCAGCCCACCCAUUGUGCCUCCCGGUCAGCAGCCAGCCGAGCAGCAUCAGGAUUCUUCUGGAAGUUUGAGUGCUCCAGGUGAAGAAGACCUGAGUAUAGAAGAGGACGAGGAAGUGCUGACUCUGCUGUAUGACCCAUGUCUGAACUGUUACUUUGAUCCCCAGACUGGGAAAUACUACGAGUUGGUGUAAUCUCUCCUUCCAGGGCAAAGCAUGGCCACCCCUAGGCAGAGCCGGACAGAAGUUCUGAUUCUGUUGACACCACAAUGUGUGUGUCAGGCUGGCCCACAGAAUCAAAAGUAACUGGGAUUAGUUUUGUAAAUAAUGUUCACUGUUAAUAAUACCAACAUUCCUUUUGUAGAUGCAUGUGACUUUUUGGAACUGUGAAGGAAUACAGAGACAAGAUUUUAGGACUUUGAAGUGGUUCGUAUUUGUUGGUUCUUGUCCUACAUAUAAUUUUGUUUAUUUUAUAUAAUUUUAUGUAAACAAAUUAAGAGUUAUUAAUUCAAAAUUUUUGCAGUAUUAAUCUGUAAAUGAUG